AAAAGUUUUCUAGUCCUUCCUCUUUUUCCACUCUCCCUUUGAACAAACCGAGCUUUCCUUCUUGUUCUUCUCUUCUCCUCCUUCGUUUCUAUUCGACAAACAGCAAGUGGAUGGAUGAAGAAGCCGCUAAGGAAGAGCAUUGCACUGAUCACAUGAUUGGGAGCCAUGAGACAACAUGUUGGGGAUGUGGCUUGCGCAUUCUUCUUUCAUCUACUUCGUCUAUAUUCAAGUGUGGGUGGUGUGGUGCUAUAACAAACCGAAACCAGUCUCGGAGGAAACCCGAUAGUAAAUGGUUUCACGGGUGGAGACGUUUGCGGGAUCGAUUCUUUGUUCUUGUUGUGGUCUUAUUUAUGCUUAUUGUGAUAAGUGCUGGUGUUUGGGCUGUGUAUCCAACUGUAUUCUUGAUCAGCUAUUUUUGUGGGGUAUUCCAUUGCUCGAUAACGGCUAUUUUGUCUAUCAUUACUUUUUCAAGCUUCUUCCUUGCAGCAUUCAGACAUGCUGGGAGAUCGGCAAAUGUUGAAUGGGGUAGAUAUCCCAUUGUUGGACAGGGUGGCCUUGAGAACUAUACCUUCUGUUUGUACUGUAGAAAGCCAAAGUGCCCAAGAACACAUCACUGUCGUUCUUGCAGAACAUGUGUGUUCGACAUGGAUCAUCACUGCCCAUUUAUUGGAAAUUGCGUUGGAGCAGCAAAUCACCGGUCAUUCAUUGCAUUCCUUGUGUUGAUCAUAAUAAGUUGCACUUAUGUUGCCAUUUUGACAACAUAUGCUGCUUAUCAUAUCUGGCCGCCUCUGGAGAUUUCAGUGAGAUAUAACCAUCAGCAUGCUGUAACAGUAUUAAAAGUGGUUGUCACUGCCUUAGCUAGAUCAGUAUUACUUCUUCCACCCAGGGGCUUUGUUCUUCUAUACUUGGCAUUUGCAAGCUUGUCUGUGGAAAUCGGCAUUUUCGUGUUAUUGUGGCAGCAGCUAUGUUUAAUUUACGAAGGUAAUACGUAUAUCAACAGCUUAAGUUUUGAAAACAAUAUCGAUGUAGGACGCGGUUGUCAUAAUCUCCUACGCUUCUUCGGUUGCCCGUACUUGGCCUUUAGGAUCCUACUUGGUUCUGCAAAUGCGAUAAAGUUUCAGCAAAGAUUAAGCUCCAAGCUCUUGUAAAAUGGUAUUCCUUUAUUUUUUCGGCAUGUGUAUUGUUGUUCCAUAUCCUUGAAUGGUUUUGUUCAUUGGGUUUUGAUAUGCAAUUGCAAGUGUUUUUUGGCUGCUUUGCUGUGCAAUUCCAUGGCUGUUAUUUUUA